GCAGGCUCUGUGUGGAGGAGGAGGAGGAGGAGGAGGGAGGAGGAGGAGGAGGAGCUGCAGGAGCGGAUCCUCCGCGGACUCCUGCUGCGUAGGUUCCGGCGUAAGCGCCUGCAGCGCAUGGCGGCCCUCGGACAUCCUGCCCGGGAGACGCCGGCGGCCCCCGCCCCAGGACACCCCGCGCGCAUUGACGACACCUCCAGGGGGCGUCCCGUAGGCGGUGAUGGCGACGCGGCCUCCAAAAAGCAAAACAAGAAGAAAAGUCGGAAAGGGGCCUCGGUGUCGAAUGGACCCGGGAAGGCCUGCGAGAAGCCGUCCCCAGAGCCCUCUCCGAGCCCGGAAGCCCAGGCGGAGCAGCUGGCCCGUGAGCUGGCCUGGUGCGUGGAGCAGCUUGAACUCGGCCUCCGGAUGCAGAGCCCCAGCCCGAAGCAGAAAGAGCAGGCUGUCGUGGCCAUCCGGACCCUGCGCAGCGGGAGAACCCCUCUGCCCCGCAAGAGGCAGCUGAUGCGCUCCUUGUUCGGGGAUUACCGGGCGCAGAUGGAAGCGGAGCGGCGUCAAGCCCUGCGGGCACUCCAGACCGCAGCCCGUUCAGCCCACGUGCAGCCUGUGGGUGAGGCCGCCAGGAAGAGGAGCAGAAGGGUCUGCAGGCCCCGCCUGGAAAGGGGACCUAAGGCCACCCCGGACGUUCCAGAGGAAGAGUUUAGGUUCAAUUUCUUUUAGCCUCUCCUCCUCUCCUGACCUGCCCCCUCCCCCCAGGGUUGAGGGGUUUGCCAGGAGUGCACUUAGAGGGAUGUGGGGUUGGUCCGUCCCUGGACAGUCAGUUCACCUGGUGCCAUGGCUGCUGGGCAGAUGUGAGGCCAGCAUAUUGAAUACUGUCUGACCAGCACAGGCCCCAUCGGUAGGUUUUCAGAUCAGUGGUUCCUGCUGCUAGAAGACAGAAGGCCAUUUAAAAUGCCGAAACCCGUCUGGCUCAGUGGAUAGGGCAUCGGCUGGCAUACUGUAACGUCCCGGGUUCGAUUCUGGUUGGGGCACAUUUCCAGUGGUGGGUGUGCAAGAGGCAGCU